AUGGCACAACAAAUAUCAUCUACAAGCAAUAAUCGCUUUGUAACCAAUCAUUUCAAAGAAAGUUACACAGUGACCCGCAACUCAAUAUAUCGCUACCACCACUGGCCUGUAGUGUCAUUAGAAGAAGCUGUGCAAAGUCUUAUUUCAUUUGUACCUCACGUCGAGAGUUAUGCUAAUGAAGCUAAGGAACACUGCAGACAAAAGACUCCACUGUCACGAAACGAAUCGGCUGCAAUCUAUCUGUACACAAUGCCAAAACCUUUCUACGACGAACUCAACAAGGCACUUCGAGCUGAGAAUCCACAUGCACUGGAACCGUGGUUUCCAUUCUUGAAAUUAUUCAGUACCGCUCUUGGAAAACUACCAUCGUGCCCAGCCACAGUGUGGCGAGGCGUUGCAAGCAAUAAUAAUAUAAAUUUCACGGAACAUGAUAUGCACACUUGGUGGAGUGUGAAUUCAUGCACUUCCUAUCUCAAUGUUGCUGGAAUGUUUGCAGGCGUCAUAGGGAUUCUGUUUUGCAUUGAUUCAAUUUAUGGAAAAGACAUUACGAAGUACUCAGCAAACCAAAGCGAAGAAGAAGUCAUUCUUAUGCCUGGAACGAUCUUGCGCGUCAAAUGCAUGCGAUCCGAACCGACUGGUCUUUCCAUCGUGCAUUUGGAAGAAUGUGCUAGAAUCCCGCAAGGAAAACAUGUCAUGUUGUCUUACACUUCGAUCAAUCAAGAUAUUGUGUCGAAAAUCACGGAUAUUCUCAAAGGUGAAAAUAUUCCAGUGUGGUUUGAUAGUAACGGUGAUAUAAAAACGGAUAUAUAUGAAAGUCUGGCUAAUGGAGUUGAAAAUGCUGUAGCUGUCUGCUGUUUUCUGACAUUGGACUAUGAACAAUCCUUGAGCUGCCAAAGUGAAUUACAAUAUGCACAAAAGCGACAGAAACCAAUCAUUCCAUGUAUGCUCACUACUGCAACUGCUUGGAAGCCUUCUGAUUGGUUAGAACAAAUAACCCGGGGACUCGUGUUCGUCGAUUUUCACAAUGUAUCUGAAUCUAAUAUCGAUUACAAGGUGAUAGACUUAAUUAAUGGAAUAGAGGAGCAAAUCACAGCAACAUCACAUCGACGAAUACAACCAAUCGAAGAGCCAAGUUAUCUGUUUGAAUUGAUUAAGUGGCAUUACAAACAAAACAGUCGUAUAGAACGCUUAAUAAAUCCAGCUGAGUCUUUUCUGAUUGAAGAAAGUUACAUUAAUUUGGCUAUAGUAGAUUCGAAAGAACAACAGGGAAAAGAAAAGAAGCUUCGUGAUGCUAACCAACAAGAGACAAUAAUGGGGACCUUUGAAGAUAUUUACGGUGUCAAAACGCCAAUAAAUGUCAAAGAUAUUUUCAACACAUGCAAGGAAUCUGAAAGGAAAGUACUGGUGUUUGGUCGAGCUGGAAUCGGUAAGACCACCUUCUGUCGCUAUGUUUCUCAUCAAUGGGCAAAGGUUGCUCUUUGGCCAGAAUAUAAUUUGGUUGUUUUAAUUAGCUUACGCUCUUUAACCGAGAAUCGUUAUUCUCCGUUGCCAUCAGGCAAAAGUUACUCUUUAGUCGAUAUUGUGGCGAAGGAAUGUUUUAGUCAUGAUCUUUCUGAAAAAGAUAAAACUCUUCUCAUAGAGCAAUUAAAUAAAAGAACAGUAUUAUGA